AUGGGUUGGAUUGAAAAACUGUGGUAUGAUAAUUCUUUAAGAGUUGAUAUUCAAACGCAAUCUUUCUCUUCGUAUGGGCUGGCAAUUAGGUUGGUUGUCAAUAUGAAAGUAACAUUUUUGGCCUUGGAGAUACCAGAUACGCUUCAAAGAACGGAUUUCAUUACGCGAUGCUGCGUAAUUACAAGACGACGGUUUGUACGAUCCGCACACAGUCGCUUGCUGAAGGUGAAAGAAGAUUCCCUCGGUUCGACUCAAAAGAAGGAAGUGUUGGUGGCAAAUGGAGGAGGGCAAAGGGAGAAAGUCGUUAAAGAAGGCGAUACUCGUCAAAUCUCAAUGCGGAGGAAAGAGUUCACCUGUUCUUAUUAGUGGAAAGCAUAUAUAUAUACACAUAUAUAUAUACAUGUAAGAGACGCGUGGGAAGCACCAGUGAUUACCGUCUUGUCAGACUAGGAGAUGUAUCGACAUAUCGAACAUCUUUCUUCGUCUGUCUUCCAGCACUCAAGUAAUGACUGUUUUCUAACAAUUUGCUGCAAUUCGUUGUCAGUUCUCUUGCCAACAACUUAUAAUCAGACACGUCUCCAGCAAAAUCUAGUUCAACACACACACACACAAGCAAUUAUAUAAUCAUCAUCAUUACAAUAAAUUUUGCUAACAAUGUACAAUGGAGUACUAAAUGCCAAAAUAUUGCAGCGAAUUUUCAAAAAUAAAAAAUUUUGAAUAAAGUACAAUUGUUGCCGAUAUUUUACAUAUACUAAUUUCGAAUUAUUCUGGACUUAUUUACUGUUCUUGGAUUUGUUUUUCAUUUGGACUGAUUGCUGACUAAUAAAGAUCAUUUUCGGAUUGUUUUCCUAUAAUUUCCGUCUAAUUUCUACGGAUUUAAUUUACAAUUAGUCCGAAAUUUUAACUACAGAUUUCAGGGGGUUUUAAAAUCCACAAUUUUAUUGAUAAUUUUUGG